AUGUACCCUGAGCUAGUACAGGACCCCACAGUUCAUAUUACCCCGUACACAUAUUACCUUGUGUGCGUCUCUACUGGUAACUAAUUUUACUUAGGUUCACUGUAUUUUUCUUGUUAUUCCAGGUUAUUUUAUUUACGACGCUUUCGACAUUUGCUGGAAUCGGAGAUUUGUGAAGGAAGUUGAAGUAAUGUUACAUCACUUUGCAGUAAGUUACUAUUAUCGGAGUAAAGGCCUCAAGUUUCCCUAGAUUAUGGUCUGAUUCAUAUUUUGCGACAUCUCGUGCAGGUCUUGCAAGUUUUCCAUUAUUUUUAACCUCUAGGAAAGUGCCGUUUCUAAAUUUUUAUACAUAUAUCUGCUUACCACGAUAAAAUUACAUAAAGGGAUUUUAAAACUUGUAGGUUGUGUCUGCAUUUAUGCACAACGUCCUCACAAUGAAAUGCAUCGGAUACAGUGUAAUUGCACUAUUGGUUGAAGUCAACACGAUAUUCCUUCAUCUGCGCAAGUUGAUGCAGCUCAACAGGGUUCCUUUCACUGGCUCUGUUUACAGACUUGUGUGUGCUAUUAACUUGAUAACGUUUGCUAUCUUUCGGGGAACCCCUCUUGUAUGGAUUACCUGGGCCAUUUAUUCCGAGCCAGAGAAAAUAACGAAAACGUUCUUCUACAUCUUAUGUUUAAGUAUGUUCAUCAUGAACAUCAUUAACCCAAUCUUCUUCUGGAUACUCCUCCGCAGAGACUUUCUACGGCAUGUUACAUUGAAACUUCGCCCAUCUAACCCAGAGACACUGAAUUCAAAUAAUUUAUCUUUAAUGGAUUAAUAUACGAGUGUUUUUAUACGCCAUAAUUGAAUUUCGGCCUUCUUAUCUGUCGAUGGUACUUGGAGAGAAUGGUACAAAUGCCUAUAAGUUUACGCUUUUAUUAGCGUUUUUGUGGUGUUGAUCGUAAUUUGGGGACUCUAUUUAUAAUUAAUUUUUGAGUCGUUAGUCGCGUAACGAAUAAUAUUUUUAGUCUGUGCGUUAACGCGCAGACUAAGAAAAACUUAACGGCAUCGAACGAGCAUCAUGAGGCAUAGGUUGAAAUUCUUCAACAUGGCCCUGAUUGCUGCUGAUUAAUCCGCAGCACAAGCCCAAAUUUUUACUUAUAUGUUAGGGCGGCGGCCUUUUCAUGGACAUCUCACUUACCUGCAAAAACUAUACUUUCUGAAAUACUACUUCAACAGAACAACUUUCCUACUGACUUUUGAUGUUUGGCUGAUUUUAAUACCACCUUAUCAAAAACACGCAGGAAUAAUAUACUAUAUUGGUUUUUUUUAAAAAAAUAACGUUUUAGAUAAGGGUUGUGUCUGGUUUAACAAUUACCUGGCUCUAAACCUGCGGUUAUGCUGCGUUAACUUGCGAUAUCUAUGUUCUUUUUUACUGUUUCGGGAAAAUUACUGUCGCAUGUCAUUUAGAAGAGACCAGUUGUUACUUAUAGACUACUACAAUGGAUAUAAACUAAUGUUUUUAUUAAUGAGUGCAUUCAUUUUAACCUUUUUCGAGAAUCGCAUUGUUCCCUCAGAGGUUUUAAUAAGUAUAAUUGUUCAAAAAUCUACAGUUGUCCUUCUUUCGGAUACUAGUCAACGCCCAGUAGUAUUUUCUGCGACGAUUUUUUAACUUGCCACCUCAGCGUUUGGCUCAACUUUGUGCGCUCCAUUAUAGUCGUUGGCCUGUCUUUAUAACAUGCGUCUGGGUGAUUACCAUGUCGUGUUGUCAUGUGAAUCCAAGGAAACCCUUAUAUAAUCUGAAAAAGUUCAUUAGGCAUACACUAACGUUGCAUAAUUCUCAGCGUGUGGUUUGCAGACUUUUCCAGCCAUUACAAACAGCAGCAAUAGGAAUUGCCCCCCGUACAUGCUGGCUUCGUCGGGUUUACAUUUCGCUUCGUUCUGAGGAAGUGCUGAAUGAAAAUCAAUAAUGCAUGUUUUCCAAAAACGAACUUGUUUUACUCCUUAGCAAGUCGAUUUAUACCUCGUUCUUUAGGUUAUCUAGUACUCUGUCUUACAGAACCAACUGUUUGCAAUCAACCCCUGUAUAUGCAGCCCGUUUACUUGUAAAGUAGGUGUUCGUCCUCCUUAGGCAUUUAACUUGUAACCCCGCCUAAGAAAGCAUAUUUAUUUAGUUAAUUAGCUCUAGGUCCAUACGUCUCUGUGCGGUGCGAUAGGUGAUUGGUUAGGGGUAGGCAUGGCCGAUAACCAUUCGCUUUUCGUCUAUACUGGGUAACGUGCGGGCGCACUGCUUCUCCUCUAGUACUGGCCUAAACACUACCAGUCAGUCCGUCUACAAACAUGAAGACGUGACGUUGAUUGUUGGUGACUGUAGCAUUUUCAAGGCAGACAAAUUCAAUUUCGAAGGGAAAUUCUGGUUGACGCCCUGAAACGCAGCAUUGUAAAGCAAAACGUAGAUGUAUGCAAAGAAAUGUCUUCUGAACAAAGUCAACAUGUAAUAUUUGUGUCACAGAUGACGCGAUAACGACACCAAGCAUGCAUUAGCAACGCCUCUGCCGCCGUGUGUGUCAUCUGCAAUUUAGAGUCUUUCCUUUAAAAAAAUAACAAUAAGGCAGAGAUUGGCUAUAAUAAACAUUUUAGUUUACAGCAAUACGUUCUUGCACAGUUGCGGAUUUGGUAGAUACGUGCCAGUUUUUACUUUCUACCUGUAAUGCACAGGACGACUCAUGACAGCGUACAUGUUCACCCGUUUGACAGUUGUGGCAACAACGUCCAUCGCGCGCCCCAGAGAGUGGACGCAACACCAGAGACUUCCAAGUGUUUCAAGUGACAGGAAAGCAGACUUCCGUGUCGUUUGCAGCGAAUCCCCUUUGGUCACCGACUAUGCUCAAACGACAGUAAAAUGUCAAGACGACCGGCUGUAGACUCAAGCGACAAAGCCAAACGGUCCAUUUACGCGUGCCAUGCAUACGAUUUGACGUUCACUACAGGCACCAGGCUUCUUUAGAAACGAGAGUUCUUAACGACUACAUUGAGAAGGAGGCAUUGCAUCCCGACGCUCGGUCCUCCUAUUUGGCAGUCUUCCAAGCCGCGACUCUUGGCAAUUCGUGAUACAAUAGCGCGCGUUCGAUUUAAUUUAUUAAGAGAUACGUCUAUUUCCGUGACGUUUCUUCAUAUGGCAAAGGGAGUCGUUUGUGAGUUUAAGUUUUCUUGGCAUUGGCUCCAUGGGGUUAGAGAAGAGCCUGUAAGACAAGCCUCGAGUGUCUUAGGCUUGCCUUAAACUGCUUUGAAGAGCAAUGUAAUACAGUGACCAUUGUUGCCGUCUGUGUACACCCUAUGGAAACAGGGGCUGACUUGUUUAAUAUGGAUUACAUCGGAAAUAACAAUAUACAGAAAUAUCAAAACAAUCGUAAAACAAAAGAAGUUUGUUGGACUCUUUGCGAGAAUGUGUGUGGCAGACUAGAAUCCGAAUCAAAAAACGAUUACUGCUGCGGCUGGCCAUUUUCAAAUUUAUAUUCUGCCCAUGUAUAGCAAAUUCAUUGAAUUCCAACGAGAAACACGCAAGAAAUGCAUGUUUAUCCUGUAACCCGAUUCGCAAACAUCAGAACUAUGCCUCAUUUUUGGGCGAACUCAUACACAAAAAGACGGACGUUUCUGAAUUACUAGCCGUCCUCAGCAUUGUCAACCUGACCCAAUGUUUCAGCACAUUUAAUGGGUCAUUGGGCAUUCUAGACCCAGCUCUCUAAUCAUUUUUGCCAAUAGAUCCGCCCUCUGCUGUCUGAGAUCAGAUGAUGAUCCACAUAACUAAAAAUAUUUGAUGAUCCACUGAAUCCUACUUCAAAUCUCCAGUACGUCGGCAACUAAGAUUAGCGUGCAACUGGUCAAUGACGGCUGACUAAGCAGUGGCGGGAGGCUAGACCGUCGUCGACGAGGGUGUUCACCGCGUGUUCCACGGAAUGGACACAGUACCAGUGAGCCGCGCAUGAACCAGUUCAUCAGUCGUGCUCUCCUCCACGACCCAUUGUAAUGCGACGACCAGAUAAUGUUAAGAUGACUGUGGGCCUAGUUGCUGACAGUAUAAAACAGCCACAUUCUGUGACCGACCUCAUGAAAUGUUAAUCGAAAUUAUGCAAUGUGUUUUCGAGUAAGAAGGAUUGCGUAAGUUGAUUUGUGGCAUUGCCUUGUGACAUAAUCCCGUGCUAUUUCAGACACGCUGGAAUGUUAACUUUUGAAUGCUUUGGUUUUCAGGCGCCUGAAGGCACGGCACUUGGUGAAAAAUGACUACUUUAGAAGCAUGUAUUUUAUCUACCAAUUUUCGAUGCCUUUACAUGUUAAACAAUAUUUUUCAGAAAACAUACACUGAAAUACCUUCCCUUGUACGCAUUUUGUAGUAAACCAUGUCGUCUUUAAAUUAUAUACUCGAAGAAAGAGUAUCUUUCAGUUUAAAAAGAGUUUCUGAUUAUGAAGUGUUUAAGGCCCGCAAGGUCUAUUUGAAUGACAUCGUAUCUGUGCAUUUACUUAUCCUCUUUAUAAUGUAUGUAACAUAAUGCUCGCCCGUUACAAUAUUUUAUGAGCCUCAUUUGUUUUUCUAUACAUGGAAAGCAUGCAGAUUGCAGGCUGAAAACCCUAAGCAAAAAUGCAAAAUUUAUUCAGGGAUAAAUAAUUUUUUUUAAACCGAAAGAUACCGUUUCUUUGAGUAUGAGGUUUAAGAAAAAAAUCCUUUCUACCAAAUGAGUGCAAGAAAAUAAUGCCUUUAUUGAGGUUUUGAAUAAAAUAUUUUUGAACGCACAAGGACGUCGAAAAUCGGUAGAGAAAAUACAUACUAGGCCAGUGGAUAUUUUCUGCUGAGUGCGGUUACUUGGGCUACCAAAAAGGAGAACCUUCAAAAGCCAAUACCCUAGUGUGUCUGAAAUAUCAUGAAACUGCGUCGUAAGAUAGACAAUAGUACAGCCUCACCUAAGGAAUCCUUCUAAUCGGAAACGCAUUGCGUACCGCACACUAGCUGAUCGUCACAGCAUGCAGCAGACUUUUAUAAGAGUGGUUUGGUCUCACACCAAUAAGGAACCACUUUCAGUCCAUAGAAGAACUGAAUUAUCCCCUCCGAUGAGAGUCUUCCAAGUCACGACUCUUGGUGUGCCGUGCUAGACUCAAGAGAGUCAGUGUGAUUUUAGUUAAGAGUGCUGACGGACGCCCCAACUCAGUCCACGCAGUCGGCCCAGUUGUGUGCUUGCGUUUGUCUGGAGUGACAGACUGGCUGGUAGGCUGAGAGUCAGGCUGAUGUAGCUCCUUCUUAAUGUGACCCACGGCACCCCCACGCAUGUGAGCUGUACGCCGCUCAACCCCCCUUGCGUGAAAUCCUGGGGCUUUUAUUUGGGGGGCCAGGUCGUGCGUGUGGCGCGCGCAGACAAGGUGGCUAGAUAGGUCAGCCACCGUGCCCAUUUCCCACUGCAGUCUGCUGACCGGCUCGGACAGUGUCUGGGCUCUGGGAAUAGCAAGAGAGAGAGAGAGUGAGGUCGACGACUCAGCGCAUUUUCCUCACCAUGAACAAUCUAACACGCUUGAAGCCAUCACGGUGUGCUAGAAGCCGUGGCUUGGAAGGUUUCCAACUGACGGGAUAGCUGGAUCCUCGCGAUUGGUCUAGUGUAGUGUGUUUGUGUGGAGCGGCCGACUGGUGCUCUAAGAGUCAGGAUGCAAUGGCUCCUUCCUAGUGUGGCCUUUAUGGCGCUCAUACGCCGUGGGAUCCGAGCCGGCUGUGACGGUCCGCCUAGGUGCAGCUCCGGUCGCACCAGGCUCUUUUGUUGUUGCUUAAAAUCCUGGUUGCGUGUUUGUUGUAGACUAGAGGGUGUGGAGUGGUGCGCCAAGGUGCGGACUCGACCGUGCCAUCCGCCUGGUCCCUCCCCCGCCUCCGGUCUUCUUGACUUUGUCUGCACACGGGGUCCAGGUGGAGGAGGAGAGAGUGCGGUGCUCGCAGCGAAAGUUUACACUCGCUAUAAACUGAAUCAAGUAUAAGUUGGUGCGCCUGCUUCGUGUUGCUCUGGAGCACACGGCGGACAUCGUCAGUCACGAGGGGCGAACUGUCGUGAACGAAGAGUGCGCUGAUGUACCCUGAGGAUAGAUUUCCCAACGCUGCCCUCAAACACUUUUCCCUCUCUCGCAUGCACCAUUCGACUGGCAGAGCCUGUAAACUAACAGGUGAUUGGCUUGGGCACAGUGGCUGACCCGACCUGAGCUGUGUGCUUGCAGUCCGACAAGCUCUUCCAUUGAGUUCGUCUGGCCUCCGAUUCUGUUUAGUGCGUGUACAGCACGACUCGUAACACUUACCGACGCCUGGCUGCUCGUCGCUACAUGACAACAGGUAUGAACUGUAGACUCCAGACCCCAUCCUACGCCUGAAAGUGAUCGCCCAGCGAACGCCACCCUCAUAUGACCCUGCUUCGACUUCUUCCAGCGUUUUUGACACAGCUCAUUUGGCAUGCGCCCUUGCUAGAUUCAGUCACGGGAUGACGGAUAAAUUUGUGAGAUUUUGACACGACAAUGAUGCCCAUUUUUGAUCAUUCGAUGUCCAAUGUGGACACAUUCCGUUAAAAAGUCGCAAUUUUUGCUUGUGUGACUGCAUUUAUCGGGUAAGAAAUGGAUAUUUCCUUUGGUAGAUAGCUCUUUUAGAAGACUGAGUCGUCAAUCAACGCGAACAGAAUGCCACUUACCAGGAAACUUAACAUUUUGGUGAGAAAUAGCUAGCUUGGCCUACUUGAAUCAGCCUAUUUAUAAUUUCCAAUGUGUUCUCGAGAAUGCCAUAAAGGUGUCAAAGGUCAUUUUCACUUGGAGUCUAAAUACAGGUGUUGUUUUCAAGAGAAUUAGCCACAUGACUCCUGGUGCCAGUAAACUCAUGGUGUGAGUUUGGUGUAAACUGACAUUCUACUCGCUUCCAGUUCGAGCCACAUGUUUAGGGAUUUGUGGAAAUCCACGAACUAGCACUCUGUGCUCUCGGAGAAAAAGUGAUCUCCGCUCAUUAAGUAGCCGAUAUGAAUUGCCGCGGCAUCCUUAAAGACAUCUGAGUCCCAUGUUAUACCAGCUGAUUAUUCUGACCAAUCGGCCAGCGCUUUUGAAUUUUGUUACGUGCCCUCUGCUCUCCUGGGGACUAAACAGGCUUCUAGAACAAAAACAGAGCCCAGACAUCAGCCCAUGUUGACUUGGCAAUCACUGUGCCUGUCCACUUCAAGAAGGGAGAAAGAGUGUGGACGCGUUUACAUCGAGGAAAUUGAGGAUUUCUGCAAAAUGUUUUUUGACAAAAACAGGCUCUACGGAUAAACGGAAAGAUUUGCAAUAUUAAAGGUGUUAAAGUAAACAAGCAUGUUGCAUGGCUGUUGACGGGGAAAUGAGGUCUCGGAUGCUGCAGGAAAAAUGGUGUCUUUCGGUAAAAGUUUUCACUUUAAUAUGGAUGCCAUAGAUCCCAGAGCCCUUGCUGGGGUUGCUGUUAGAGUUAAGCCUUAAAGGGGCAGGAAGUAAUUCUUCCCCCUACCCCCAGGGAUUCGGCGCGAGACCACCUAUAAUAGGUGGCCCGUGUAUCAAUGUCCUAUCGCAACCCCUAGAUUCUGGGCUGCCAGUUAUGCUUGUACGGUUUAUACAACUUUUUCGGAAUUCCAUUCAGUCACUUUCUUAUGUUUUAGUAAGUGUGUCAGCCAAUGGACUCCACAGCGAGCUGCAUUGCAGGUGCGCAGGUUCAAGGCGCGAAGAAAACGGACUCACCGCACGCGUUCAUUAGACUGUGCGGAGGCAAUCACUGCAUUCACUCCUGGUAUCUACUGGUUGACAAGCUAGAACGGUCAGCUGGUGCUUGGGAGAGGCGUAAGAGUUUAAGGACAACAUUGGAGAACCGACCCCACAGAAACCCAGUACAUUCCUCACUCUAAUGAAUCCGACGUGCUUGAAUGUGUUGGGGGCUAGACGGUGUGAGUGGGUGGAGUCUGAGCACUGCAAUUAUCAGGGCAAAUCCUAGCGUUGUUAAGAGAAAGACAGAAGGCACCAGAAUGAGGGUUUUACUGUGCACAGAACCCGGAGUUGUCCUCUCAGGCGGCAGUGGCUACUGGCGAAGCCAGGGCUGGUGUUGACUGCGUCCAGCCACGCCUGAGAGUCUCUGGGACAGUGGUAGCAGCCACUUUUGUAGGUUCGUGGGUCAAGCUCAAGGGGUGUCCAGUCGGUGUGUGUGUUGCAUUUGCCGAGGGGUGCUGUCCCAGUGGCUUAUGUUGCGGCUGCAGGGGGGAGGUGCGUUCAAGUGGCCGCAUGGGCAGUUGCGGCUGUGCGGACGCUGGGAUGCCCGAGCUGUUGAUCGUGUGACUUCAGGUCAGCGCGUCUGGAACGCCUCACUGCAAGAGUGGAUGACCUUGAGGCAGCGAGGUCUUGAACAAUGACGCCAGAUCGGUCAUGAUGGCUGCCGGCUACAAAUGUACUACGAGUCGCUAAAAGUUGUGGCGUGGAAGACUGCCAACUAAGAGAAUUACUCGGCUUUUUUGAGAAACGACAAGCUGGCCUUAAAUGGCUCCUCGUAAAUGCGACCUUUAUGGCUUGCUCCCUCAAAUGACCUCAGAGUCACCGUGCUCGAAUCCACCGCUAGCCGUUUGGACGUUGUCCUAUCACCUUAGUACGACAGAUGUCCGGAGACACAGCGUGGUAGAUACUGUUUAAGUCCGUUUCACACUCAAGUCGUGUAUGGCACGCGUAGACGCAUUGUUUGGCCAUGUCAUUCACUUCACCCCCCCCCCCCAUCGCCUCCGACCCUUCUGACUCUCUAUUGCUACCGGACGCAGGCGAGUGAGAGAGGACGACGGAUACUGCGUAAUUCUGCUAACCAUAAACUGAUUCGGUCGAAAAUCGCCGUCCUGCAUCCACCUACUCUGGGGCACGCAUAUGACGGUCGAACUGGCGUAAGUACAGUAGGUGGGCUCACGCAUAAAAUGUCAGCUGAAAUUUAGAGAUGUGCUUCCGUUUCGAAAAGAUUAAUUAAGUAGGGUUGUAAAACUAAUCAUCGUGCAACGUAAUUCUAUAGUAAUUCAGUUGCCUCAGGGUGUAGGCUUUCGGACGAACUUCUUUUCGACUGCAUGCAAGAGCUAUGCUCUGCAAAAAAUGACCACUUAGGUAGCAUGCAGUUUUUUCAUUGAUUUUCUAUGUCCUUUAGAAUUCCGUUAUAUUUCAUUGAAAACAUGCAUAAAAAUAUUCAUUCUUUUACUCACUCGGUAAAAAAGGUGCCUUUUUCCAAUUUUAUACGCGAGAGAAGACUAUAAUUCGAUUUCAAAAAAGUUUCUAACCGUACGAUUUUUAAUACCAUGAAAUGGCCAUUCAUAAAACGCCUUGUAUCUGUAUUUACUAAUGUGGCUUGUAAAGUUUAUAAUAUGGCUCAAAACCAUUGCUAAAUUUUGUGAACCCCACAUAUUUUGCUUUUAAUACCGUAGAAAAAUGUAUGGUUUUCCAUACGCAGAAUAUAUACGGAUCUUAGUUUUGAAGUCCUAAACGCAAGUGUAACGGCAGGUUGGGUUCAAACUUAGUAGGUAAAUGGAAAAGUUUUUGAAAACCGAAUUAUACACCAUCUUAAAGUAUGAAAUUAGAAGAAGACGUAGUGUUCGACCGAAAGAAUGAAAACACUAGUUUCUUAUGCAUUUUUUCAUGAAAUAUACUUGAAUUUUUAAGGGCAUCGAAAAUCAAUGAAAAAACUGCAUACUACCUAAGUGGUCAUUUUUUGCAGAGUAUAGUUCUUACAUGCAGUCGGAGAGAAGUUCAUUCGAGAGCCGGCACCCUGAGGUAACUGGAUUACUAUAGAAUUACGCUGCUGGAUGACUAGGUUUACAACUCUAGUUAAUUUAUCCUUUUGAAACGAAAAUGAUUUUCGAAAUUCCGGCUGUCAUUUCAUGAGUUAGCCCACCUACUGUAAAUACCCGAUCUGCAUCGACAGAGAAUGUCAAAUGGUAGGCCGCACACUCAAAGCGUCUCUUUGAUGAGGUGUUUAUGGUUCCUUUGUUACAUUUCGUCUGUGCAUCACCUGCCGGCGUUCCUAUUUCCCCUCCCCCUUUAAUUUUGAUAAGGGUUGCAACUGGUUGGAUAGGAGCAAAAUGAGCCAGAAACGGUGUUGAAGUUCCCACUGUGAACAUGGCUCAAUUAUAGUCUUACAUCUUGAUCUGUAGAACUGACUGGAGGAGUCAUAUCUCGCCAAUAGCCUAUUACGAACCUACUUUUGCAUGCCCACAUGAACUGGUACGAUCCCUGCACCAUCGUUUUGGCACUUUGAUGGCUGUUUGCCCGACAGUGAACAGGGCGCAUUUAUGUCAUCGACUCUAUUCACCCCAAAGCUCGCUUCCCUCGCCUAACUCUUUUAAAUGCGAAGGGGAAUGGGUAACCUGAUGUUGUUCUGCGGACUAAGCAGAAUUUGGAUACUAGGGGACAUUCGGGGUUUGUAAUACAUGUGGCUCCACAGACCUCAACUUGGAGUUUUAUUUCGCUAGUUGUCGGCCAAUGUCGCAGUCUGCUACUGAGCCUUACAGCAAGUCGUUCAACGAUCGGUCACUUGUGAAAACUCACAUUUCUUGGCAUAGAAUCUAAGGUAAAAACUUUCAUAUGAUCGCACCAGGGCGUGGGGAUAAUUUAAAAAGGGUGCAACCGUGAUCUAGAAUAGAUCGGAGCACGUAAAAAAGCUAAGGAGCUAAUAAACGACGAACAGCCCUGCAAAGUCAUUAACUCUGACCCCAUGAAAUCGCUGGUAUGCACAGUCAAUAAGAAUUUGAGUCUGAUGAAGAGGAAAAAAAUGUGAUAUCCGAAAAUGAUUCGAGACAAGUGAAACCACUAGGUGCUGCACUAACACGGUUCUACGGCUUGCCAAAAAAUCCACAAACUGAAUGCCCCCCCCCCUACGACCGAUCGUAGCGCUGAAAGGCACAUCGGCCUAUAGACUGGCUAAAUAGCUUACAAAGAGGCUGGCGAAAGGCUCCGAGCAUACAGCUGCACUCUCCACGCACUUUCUGGUAAAAGUCCGAAGCGUGGCAAUAGCCCCCGAUGGUAUCCUUCGACGUCGUCUUUUUUUUCACCUCCAUCCCCAAGGAAUUGGCCUACUGAAACGAAAGUAUGACGAUGAGGAAAAACCUUUUAAAAGGAAGCACGCAACUGAGCCACUGGACUACUGCUUUUGCACGUAGUUCACGUUUAACGGCCACACUUAUGAGCAAAUCCAGGAAACCCCGAUUGGAUCCCCGACCUCGGGCGAGGCGGUUCUGCAGGAACAGGAAACUCGUGUAUUUCAGUCCUACAGUAGAUGUGCUAACUCAUGAAAUGUCAACCAAAAUUUCGAAAUGCGACCUCGUUUCGAAAAGAUAAAUUAAGUAGUGUUGUAAAACUGAUCAUGAUGCAGCAUAAAUCUAUAAUGAUCCAUUUACCUCAGGGUGUCGGCUUUCGAAAGAACUUAUUUUUGGCUGCACGCAAGAUCCAUACUCUGCAAAAAAUGACUACUUACGUAGCAUACAAUUUUCUCAUUGAUUUUCGAUGCCUUUGAAAAUUCAAUUAUAUUUCAGGGAAAAAUGCAUAAAAAUAUUCAUUCUUUUGCUUAUUCGCUAGCACAUCACGUCUUCUUCUAAUUCCAUACCCAAAAGUGGGGUAUAAUUCGGUUUGAAAAAAGUUUCUAAUUGUGAGAUUUUUUAAUACCGUUAAAUGGCCGUUCAUAAAACGUCAUGUAUCUGCAUUUACGAAUGUGGCUUGUUAAGUUAACAAUAUUGCUCAAAUCCACUGCUUAAUUUUAUGAACCUCAUAUAGUCUCCUCUUUACACCGUAGAGAAAUGCAUGGUUUUCCGUACACGGAAAAUAUACGGCUUAUAGUUUUGAAACCCUGAAUGCAAGUGUAACAGCAGGUCGGGGUCAAAAUUAUUCUGGAAUUAGAAAAGUUUUUUAAAACCGAAUGAUACUCUUCUUUUGAGUAUGAAAUUGGAAGAAGACAUGAUUUUCUACCGAAUAAGUAAAAGAAUGAAUAUUUUUAUGCAUGUUUUCGAUGAAAUAUAAUUGAAUUUUCAAGGGUAUCGAAAAUCAAUGAGAAAAUUGCACAUUAAUUAAGUUGUCAUUUUUUGCAGAGUAUAUAUCUUGCAUGCAGCCAAAAAUAAAUCCUUUCGAAAGCCGACACCCUGAGGUAACUGGAUCAUUAUAGAUUUAUGUUUCAUCAUGAUUAGUUUUACAACACUUCUUAAUUUAUCUUUUCGAAACGAGAACGCAUUUCAAAAUUUUGGUUGAAAAUUCAUGAGUUAGCACAUCUACUGUAUAAAUCAACAUGUUUGAUGUGCUUUGUAGACGAUACCUUUGUCAUCCUACUCCGAGAUGCGAAGGGGGCCUUUAAAAGAGAAUCAAACUCCAAAUUCCCACAAAUUAAUUCCACAAUGGAAGAAGAAAAUUACGGAACGCUCUCUCUCUCCUCGACAAGCGGGUAUCAAGGCAAGAAGAUGGAACCCUCCAGACCGGCGUUUUCCAAAAAAGGUACAACACGGAGAAAAUACUCCGCUACAACAGCAACCCCCUCCUAUCGCAUAAACGCAUUUGCGUCCGGACACUCUUCCGUCGCAUCAACACGCACUGCAGCACAGAAGCCCAGAAGCUACGAGAGUUUUCGUCCCUAUGGCACCCCUUCCUUAUCAGGGGAUACCCACGUAGCUUCAUAAAUAAGGGCUUGUUACAAAGGUACACACAAAGACUGACAGUGAGCAGAACCAAAAACCUGAAGUCUUCCGUGUCUUGCCCUACAUGUGGAACGUCUGUGAGGUCACAGAUCGUGUGCUAAAACCACUCAAUGCGGACGUUGGACAUCGGGUUGAAGCCAAUAUCCGCUGCGUAAUCAUGCAGCCUAAGGGUAGGUUAUCCCCUGAGGACACGUCAGGCGUCAUCUACUGUGUCAGCUGUCUAGACUUUCAGGCCCACUACUGCUGCAUGACCAGAAAACGACUAAGAACGCGCACGCCUGAGCACACUUUAGCCGAAACGCGAAAAGGUGUGCUCCCACGUCGCCAUACACAGUCUGGAAAAUAACCACUAGUUUGACUUUGACGGUGCCCAAGUGCACGGCCGAGCAGAAUGCAGACUGUCGACAGAAAGGAUUAGGGCUUGGUAAACAGACAUCGGCUAGAUCGCAGUUGGUAGCCAGGAAUGGGGAAGCGGACGGUGGCCUUCACCCCAAUCCUAACCUUAACCUUAACUGUUAACCGUUAACCCUAACGGCAACUUUAACCCUAACCGAAAUCGUAAACGUAACCGUAGUCUUAACUGUUAAACCUAACCGUAAUACUGAAACCUAACUAUAAACUCAAACUCUUACCGUAACCCGAAAACCUAAACCUAAAGGUAUAACCCUAAUCCGAAAAUCGGAAACCAUUAACCGGUACCUUAUUCUUAACCUAAAACGUAAAAAGGAAGCCAAGUGGGUCAGAUGUGAUUAUGUAGCCCCACAAAAAACCCCAGCAAACAAACCCCAGCCGCCUGUAAUACGGCGCCUGGCUACCAACAGCGAUCCAGCUCAGACGUCAGCUCCACCAACCGCAGCGUCGACCUGCCGGUGCAUAUGAGGCCGCCAGACACCACUUACGCUCGAGGGGAGGCCCAAUAGAGAUAGAUAAUGAUGGCCCUAUCAGGGAUGAGCACGAAAGUACUAUUUAAACCGUGUAUUGCCCAUCUCCGAUUAUGAGCUCGAGUACGAGGGCGAAGCGUCAGAUGAAUAAAUCAUAAUUCAAUACCAUAAUCAUACCAUAUUCUUCCACCUCAACCCCCGGGGUCAGCCUUUUCACCUAUAUCUGCAUACAUGUAGGUAUACCAAAGGCAUUAUACCGUACUCCCGACAUAGGUACUAACUAAAAGCCCAGACAUGUGUUUCGCUGAUAUUCUGCUGCUGCGUGACACAGCUGCGAGGAGUUCGGCUCCUCAGUGGGUCCGCCAGCGUUCUCUAGUGGUUUCCGGUAAUCUGAACUCCAGAGAAUAAUCAGGUGAAUAAUUUCAUAAAUUAAUCAGUGCAGGACUUGGAGCUAAAUCUGCGGGACAAAUCGGGAUUAUUCCACACUAUUUGAUUGUUUUCGGCUCAAGUGUUCAUUGAAACUUCGGGUCUGCCCUGAAAAAUCAUGCCCAAAAGACCUAACUCCAUGCCCUGCACUAAAUACGUUUUGAAAUCCUUCGUUCUAUCAUUCUCUGGAGAUCACAUGCCAGAAACCGCACAGGGAACGCUGGUGAACCCACUGUGAGGCCGAACCCCUCUCAGCGGCGUCACGCAGACGCAGAAUAUCUGCGAAAUACAUGUCUGGGCUUUUAGCUAGCUCCUAUGUCGGGGAUACGGUAUAAUACCUUUGUAAUAUGGAUUUCAUACUACUUGUAGUACUACUUGUUUGUUGAGCAGAAAAUUCCUGGAUAUUCCACAGUAGUUAACUGUCUUUGACUCGAAUGAUCACUGAACUUUCGAGUUUGACCCUAAAACGUCCUGUCACGGAGACUUAACUUCAUGUUCUGCCUUGCGUAAUUUCUGAAAUUAUUUGCUCGAAGACGGUAUAUUCUUUAAGAAAAGUAGAAACCUUAUUAGUACAUCUUAGACAACGUUUCCCCUGGUCGUCGUCAGACCAAAGUAAAUAUACAAAGUAGUUAACAUUUCAAAUGUGCCCAAGAAUUUAAUACCUCUCCGGCGUUUCUUCCAGUAAGUGUUCGCCAAACGCGUUACUGCGUAUUGAUUGGUUUUCGCAUCUUUCACUUUUCCUUGCGAUAUUUGUAGGUGUCGUCUGAGUCAAUAUGCCGAUUAAUGAACGACUCGUCCAAGUGCAUGGCUUCAAGCAAUUCUUGGUAUUUUCUAGUAGGGACAAGACUCGCAUCGUCGACAUCUGCCUUACCAAAAAUGACCGAGAUUUUCUUGAAUCCCUGUACUCAGAUACGUCAUGCAAUAAGAGACAUAUUAAGUUAAACGUUAGAACAAAAAAUUGGAGUAAAAGUGGAAGAGACUGGAACCAAUCGAUAUGCAUUAAUGCAGUUGGCGGACGCUUUAUGGCAGAAACGCCGAAGAGGCGUUGGUUCUUUGGCACUUUUUAAAUGGUGACUAUUCUUAUAUAUCUGCUCUAGUCGGAUAACGACCCGGGAAGCCGACUACAAAGAUUUACUAAUAAAAAUCUUUUUUUCCAGUGAACCUACUACCAUCAAAAUAUAUUUUCCAAGACGCCUGACUUUCAAUAUAUACGCAUAGAAGGAUAUAUAUGUAUAUGUAAUGCUACGUAUAUGUGUAUAUACAUAUAUUGCACUCAGAUGAGGCAUGCAUCAAUCGGCAUAUCGAUUUAGAUGCCACAUACAAAUUUCUCAAGGACAAAUGGAAGCGAGCGCAGCCAAUGCCGAAGGGAUGACGAAAUCGUUGACGCGCAUUGGCGCAGACUUCGGCCAACCAUAGAAUCACUUGUUUGACACGGUUAAAUAGUUAACUGUUUUUGUACAUUGCCCAAAAGUCUGACGACGAGCUGGGGAACCAGACUCGAAAAUUCACUCAUUAAAUUUUAUUCCCUUCCCAAAGAAUCUUACUUAUUUUCAAUUAAAUUUCUUGGGAUGCCCGUUUUCCAGCACAUAUAAAUAUAUAUAUAUUGUAGUUUAGACAGUGAAUACUGUUUUAAGUAAAUGUCCGUCGCUAGAUCUCUAACGUCCGCCCACUAUUUGCUCUGGAAAUUAUACUGAUUGCACAAAAAGACAAGUUAUUUUAAACCGCAUGUAACAAAAGUGACCAGAGGGGGCAGGCUUUGUUCCAUUAAAUGUCAGCUAUUCCGAAUCGUUCAGCUGAGAGUGAUUGGCUUUUGUAUGUGAUAUUUAUAGAGACGGACCUAUUAAUACGCGUCCAAAUUGGAGGAAUAUGCACGAAAGCCAAUGUCCAUUUAAUGCCAACACUUUGUCUUUGAGCACUUAAAAGAUAAAAUGUUAGAAACACGCAAAUACAAACACAUGAGCGGCAAAAAUUCAAAAACCUUUUUGCUCUAGUAGUUAGCUAUUUUUCAAAAACGGCCCGAAGUAGCCAAAAGAUAAAAUUUGAUUUGCUUUGAAAUUGCAGUUGUGAUUUUGAAAACUGAUUCCAUUGUAAAAAAAGUAUAUCUCAAACAGUGCAUUAGUUCGUAGAAAAGCAUAUGUAGUGGAGGGAAAGUGGACGUUCAGCCUUAGCGAGGUGGCGGGUAGUUUGGAUCUUUGACUUCAACAAACUAGGAAUCGGCUAGAGCUAAUGUGAAAUUAAAGGAAAAAUCCAAUCACAAGCCAGCUGGCACGCCUAAAUUUGUGAUUUUCUGUGCCAGCACUGUAAAAGGAGUUAUUUUACGCUAAUGGAAAAUGCGGUGAAGAUACAACUUUUGAGCCUUAUUGAGGUUUUAAUCGAUUUGGCUUACAGGCGGACGGUCACUAAGCGAAUACGUGGGGAAUUUAGAAAAAAUAAACCGUUUUCAUAAGAUCUGUUAGGCGAAAAUUAAACUGCAGUAUAAAAGCUGAAAUUGAAGUUAUGAUAUUUUUAAAUUUUGAAUAUCUGAAGGCUUUUUGUCUUGUUAAUGAAUGCAAGCCCACCCUAAGCACAGGAACUAUAGCUUCGUUUUCCGUAUUUUCGGACAAAAACCCUUCAAAACGAAAGAAGGAUAAUAAGUCUAAAAACCGAAAAUAAUCAUGAAAACGUUUACUGAGACAUCUAGGAAUAUCCACAUCUCCAAGGGAGUGAGUUGUGAUACGGAGGCCUAAGCGCGCCACAUAAGUAGUUGAAAAAAUGCACCACGUUGACAUAUAUAUAUCGGUAAAUAGCCAACACAAAUGAAUCAGUUCACAUUUUGAAAUAAAAUGCAGUUAAAGAUGUAUUAAGCAGUUAGGUCCUUACGCAAGCAUUUGUGAUGAAGCUGAUAAAAAUCUGAAUCGGGCAAGUUGUGUAACUGAUCGGUAAGAAUCUCACAUGCUGAGCGGGUGCACUUAAACUUGUCAAUUACACGCAGACCUUGCUGUUAAAAUGCGUGGGCGGCCCGAUAAGGAACCUCCAAGUGGGUUAUGGAGUCGAUUUGACUGUUUUAGUCUGUUCUGAAGCAAUCGUUAGACGGUGGAGCAAUGAUAAUUGCAGUUAAUACCCCUGCGUUUAACGAAGUGGUCGGAAUCUUCAGAUGCAUAGACCGACCAGGAUAGGCUGUUUCGGCAGUGCGGAAAACUUUGGAGUGUAUUACAGCAAUCAACCUCCCUCUGUUAAAGAUCGACGUGAGUGUGGGACCUCUUAAAAUGAAGUGCCUGGAUCAGCGCGUAACAGUAUUUAUAAGUACAACGAUGCAAGUAGCUAUAAGGGGACGGGGCGAAUUACAAAAUGAGGGUAUCCAGAAAUAGGCUGCGUCUACAAGGAAUAAACCUGAGAGCCAAUCAGUUUCGAAUUUUCCCUCUAUAAAGAGGUUAUAAGUUUUCAAAAUUUCCUUAUAGUUAUUUCGAUUUAUCGAAUAAGCUGAGUUGACUGUCCACACGAACAGUUGAUGUCUUUUUGGCUUUCGGGAGAUAACUGACACAACUCAGAUGAUUUCGGACCUUGUGUAUGGAAGGGAGGAGGCCUAGAGUGAGUAACCGAUCUCAUGAAAUACUGGCUGAGAUUCUGAAAUGCGUUUUUGAUCAGGAAGGAUUACUUAGCCGCGGCUGUAACACUGAUUGUCUUGCGGCAUAAUUUCAUAAUAUUUUAGACUUGGCAGUAUGUCAGCUUUUGAAUACACUGCUUUCGAACUCCUGUAGAAACCGAACUUCGCCAAAAUUGACUACUUAAGUAACAUAUAUAUUUCACAUUGUUUUCGAUGGUCUUGCAAAUUCAACUAUGUUUUAUAGAAACCACGAAACAAAUAUGCUUCCUUUCGUUUAAUAGAGAAUUAUGUAAUUUGUAAUUAUGCAUAAUUUAUAAUUGGAGAAGUAGUAUAAUAAGGUUUCAACAAACUUUCUGAUUAUGAGAUUUUUUAAGACCGUGCGUCCCACAGGCCGCGGGAAGUGCUUUCCAAGGUCGAACGUGAUGCGCUCAGAGAAUCCAAGGCCGACAAAAACCUGGUCAUCGAGACAGCGGACAAGGGGCGCUCCACGGUUGUACUGGACAGGACAGACUACCUUCAAAAAGCCAACGGUUUACUGGAGGACCGACAGAUCUAGGUCCCAUGUGCAACGAACCCCGUAAAAGCGCUGACACGCGAAAUUAAUGAUACGUUGCUGACCUUGGAGAACUCAGAUGCAAUAACACUGACCGACAGACGCAUGGCGAGACCCAAAGAUACGGCUUUGGCCAGAUUCUAUGGCCUCCCUAAAGUGCACAAAGACGGUGCUCCUCUCCGACUCAUCGUGUCGCUCAAAGCGACUCCAACGUACGGACUGGCUAAGUGGCUGUUCCGGCGUCUCAAGUUCCCGACCGCUGAAUCAGACACCACUGUCUCUUCGUCAGCACAAUUCCUGGAGAAACUCAAAGGAAUAAGCCUCCAUCCAAAUGAGGUCAUGUUAUCUUUUAAUGUUACAUCCCUUUUUACUUAUAUUCCCUAGGGACUGGCGAUCGAGACAGUCGAACUACUUUUAAAAAGCAAAUACGAUGAAACGGCGAAUCGUCUUGGACACGUCCAAGUCCUUCAGCUCCUGAAGUUUAGUCUCAGGACAUACUUCACUUUUGAUAGGACAAUCUACGAACAGGUGAAGAGCACACUAAUGGGUUCGCCGAUUUCGGGAUUCAUCGCCGAGGCGGUCCAUCAACGGUUAGAGUCGCUGGUCUUCCAACACCACAAACCGAAGUUCUGGGCCCGGUAUGUGGAUGACACCUUCGUCGUCAUCGAACGGGAUCAGGUGUUGACAUUCCAAGAACAUCUCAACGCCGUCUUCCCGGACAUACAAUUUACGAUGGAGGAGGAAGAGAACAACCAGCUAGCCUUCCUGGAUGUCCUCGUAUGCCGCAAACAUUGUAAUGGACUAAAGACCAGAGUGCUCAGAAAAGCGACAAAUACGAUGCAAGUACUGAACUUCAACAGCAACCACCCAAUCAGCAACAAACGCAGCUGUAG